AUGAGUCACACCUCGCCGGCCAAUGAUCAUAAUCUCUCAUCACCCAAGAAGAGAAAAUUUCAAGACGAGGAGGAGCACACCGCUCCGAUAGAGCAAGGCUCAUCAACUCAACUCAGCUUGAUACAUGAUAAUAAUACUAGUGAUGAUACGAAAAAGAGAAAGAUGAAUACAACGAGUUUGAUGGAAUUACCUCCUCGAUCUUCUUCUCUAUCAUCUCCAAUUUUGCGAUUAGAAGGACAUCAAUCCGAAGUGUUUACUUGUAAAUUUUCGAAUCGAGGACAAUUUAUGGCCUCUGGUGCCUUUGAUAAAACAGUGUUAUUGUGGGAUGUUUUUGGAGAAACGAUAGACGAAAUUGAUGAAUCUGAUUCGUCCUAUCCAACAACCUUUAAUUAUGGAUGUUUACUUGGACAUAAAAACGCAAUUCUUGAUUUGGAUUGGCUUCUUUCAGAGGAUCGAUUAAUUACUGCUUCAGCGGAUAACAGUGUCAUGCUGUGGGAUAGUGUGCGAUGUACUCGAGUUAGACAGUUCAAAGAUCACUCUGCUGUUGUCAAUUGUUGUACAACUUCAAAAUACUCUACACAAUCAGAUUUGUUUGCAAGUGGAAGUGAUGAUAAGACCAUUAACAUUUAUGAUCAAAGAGAACGAAAAUGUGUAAAAACAAUCAGGGCCAAAUAUCCUGUUUUUUCACUGUGUUUCUCUGAGAAUUCGGACAGAUUAUUUUCUUGUGGAGUUGAUCACGUCAUUUCAACAUGGGAUAUGAAAACCGACAAGUUCUUGUAUUCUCUUGGAAGUGGACAUACCGAUUCCAUUACAGAUAUUAAGCUCUCUCCAGACGGUAAUUUUAUUUUGAGUAAUUCAAUGGAUGGAACUUGUCGAAUUUGGAAUGCUAGACAUUUUGUAGAUACACCAAACAGAUGUGUAAAACUAUUUAAUGGAGCAAAACAUAGCAUGGAUAAGAAUUUAACUCGUGUGAGUUGGUAUAAGGAUGGGUCUCUAAUUUCAACAGGAGCAGAAAGUGAUGUCAUCAUUUGGAAUACUACCUCUCGAAAAAUCGUUUACCAAUUACCUGGUCACCAAGGCUCUGUAAAUUGUGUGCAUUUCCAUCCACAACAACCAAUUAUUGCCUCAGCGUCAAGCGACAAGACGAUUUAUCUUGGAGAAAUUGAUCCAAAAGCAAUUUAG